UGGUGUAAAACACACACACUUCAAUGUGACUUCCUGGAAGAAGCACACAGAUGUGACUGCAAGCUGAUCCUUCGCAAGACGACAUACUCGGAGUAACAGGACCAAGAAGGAGGAGCUUAAGUUCUAUACUGGGACAGUUCCACUUUUUGGCAGCCAAAAGAGUAAGAGCGACUAUCUGGUGUCAGUGGGUCAGGGUUUUUUUUCCCCCCCCUCACACGACCACUCCUGCACAUUUGCAGGAAGUCUCACACACAGUGUGACGUCACAGGGCAAGAGACAACUUGUGCUAGCAAACAGUGGCAGCAGCAUAUGUGCAUGCACGUUUACCACACAUGUGCACAUCCGCAUGAGACCAUCAAGCUGCUGGUGUCUUUUGGGGGACCACCGCCUGCACACUGACACUGUGGGGAGACCAUGUCGCGGCGGGACCAGAGGUUUCGAAGAGGGAUGAAAGGACGGUGCUGCGACUGUGGGUGCAUCCUGUCUCACUGGUACUACGAAAAAGAUGGACAACUCUACUGCAAGAAGCACUACUGGGAACGUUAUGGAGAACACUGCCAGGGAUGCAAGGAGACUCUUGCCACAGGACUCGUGAUGGUCGCUGGAGAGCAAAAAUACCACCCCGAAUGCUUCACCUGCAUUAAGUGUCAAAUGUUCAUUGGAGAUGGAGACACCUACACACUUGUAGAACGUUCUCAACUCUUUUGUGGCCACUGUUUCAGUCAGGGUGCAGCAACAUUACCGUCAUCACCCAUCAAGAGCCCCCACAUGGUGGCGCUAGUGUCACUUCCUCCACAAACAGGUGGCCAUCGAGGGCUGACCGUCACCACUGAUCUCAGCCAGGAGACUGGCCCUCUCGUUACUGUGACGGCGCUAGACUCAGAAGCCCUCGGCCCUGACCUGCUGUCCUCUGUCCACAUUGGGGACCACAUCCUGGAGGUCAAUGGCAUCUCCGUCCACAGCGUUUGCCCUAAUGAAGUAAACCUUGUGAUCCAGGACACUAGCAAACCACUACAGCUUACAGUUGAACACAAUCCACAGUCCAUGAAGUCAACUAAAGUUCAGGAAGAAAAACUGGCUUCGACACACGCACUGCCAAAACUGGAGGAGGAGCCUGGAUCAGAGGGGGAGGCAUAUGAAUCAAUCAGAACAAGUCUCCCCUCGCCUCAGAACCAAGGAACCAUGGGAAUGCGAUCCAGACACAUCCUGCGGAGCUGUAGCAUCGAAAAGUGCUCCUUGUUGCCUGGAGCGCUGACACUCCUAUCCCAAAAGAGGGACAUGGUUCGAUCUGAGUCCCUGCGCACUGAUGCCGGAGAUCGAACCCAUCGUAUCUUCAGGCCAUCAGACCUUAUACACGGAGAGGUGCUUGGCAGGGGCUUCUUCGGACAGGCUGUCAAGGUGACACAUCAGGAGACAGGAGAGGUGAUGGUGAUGAAAGAGUUGAUACGUUUUGAUGAAGAGACACAGAAGACCUUCCUGAAGGAGGUGAAGGUGAUGCGCUGUCUGGACCACCCUAAUGUUCUUAAGUUCAUUGGACUCUUUUACAAAGACAAGCGGAUACACUUGGUCUCAGAGUACAUCCAGGGAGGAACGCUCAGAAAGACCAUCACCACGAUGGACAAGAAUUUCUCAUGGAGUGUAAGAGUGAGUUAUGCCAAGGACAUUGCAGCUGGAAUGGCUUAUUUACACUCCAUGAAUGUCAUCCACCGAGAUUUAAACUCACACAACUGCCUGGUCAAAGAGAAUCAGUCUGUAGUGGUGGCAGACUUUGGGCUCGCACGUUUGGUGAGGGAUGAGAAGAACUGGAAAAGAACAUCUUCUCUGGAACAACCUCCAAAGGGGAUGUUGUCGGAGCUCCGUAAACCCGACCGUAGGAAGCGCUACACAGUGGUGGGGAACCCCUACUGGAUGGCCCCCGAGAUGAUCCGUGGGAAAAGCUAUGAUGAACGAGUGGACGUCUUUUCCUUUGGAAUCAUGAUCUGUGAGAUCAUAGGCAGAGUGAGCGCCGACCCGGACUACCUUCCACGGAAUAAAGACUUUGGGCUGAAUGUUGCUGCUUUCAUUGAGAAUUACCAGCCUGCAGAGUGCCCUUUGACCUUCCUGCCAUUGGCUGCUCUCUGCUGUGACCUGGAUGCUGACAAGCGGCCUGCCUUUUCAAAGCUGGAGGAGUGGCUGGAAAACUUGUUGAUGCACAUCGACAUCGGCCUGCCUCUUCUCUCAGAGUUAGGGCAGCUCUGCAGAACCUUCUGGAAGAACCAAAACCAGAACACAGUACUUGACUGCCACAGCCAAAACCAAUCUCCACCUCCAGAGAGGUCCGGUCCCAUACAUACUUCCCCAAGCAAUGCAAACAACCACACUGAGAUACAUUGCCUUCCUCAAAAUCAGGAACAAACGAGCACACCUCCUGACCAGGCGGACAGUGGCCACACACACCUCAGCAAAGCGUAUCAGGAAGAAAAAGCAAACACUAGGCAGAUGUGCUGCUUAUCUGCAAACAGUUUAUCAGUGUCGGACACUUCUGAAAACGAUGGACAUGACCCCUCAGGACAAAACCAACUCAAACCUCUACAACCCCCAAAGACCGACAGCACAUCUCCAGGACUGUCCAGCAAGACCGGAAGGGUCUGCAAAGCUUUGUGGAACACAACCACAGAGAACGACUCUUCACUAUGACUGCUUCAUCUUUGAGGGACUGAACAUAACAUGAGGCUCAGGACAAACAAAAACGUAUGAUCUAUAUUAAUAAAUAUUUCAAACUAAAGUUUUGAAUUAAAUUAAGUCUUUGUAUGAAUCCUCAUCGUAAUAACUGCAUAUAUUACAUUCGCCAAACAACAAUAAAUAAUGUCAUACAACAAGCCAGAU